UCAGGUGGCUGCACCAUGGCGGAAGCAGAGGAGAAGGAAAUCAGGUCUAACGAAGAAUCUACGGAUGAUUCUGAGCAUUUUGUGUCUGUCCUUCCUACCGAGGUGCAGCAUCUUGUAAAGGAAGAUGAGAGUGAAGAAGAACCCAAGCUGAAGUAUGAAAGGCUUUCUAAUGGAGUGACUGAAAUUCUCCAAAAAGAUGCAGCCAGUUGCAUGACCGUGCAUGAAAAGUUUUUGGCACUCGGCACACAUUAUGGCAAGGUUUAUUUACUUGAUGUCCAGGGAAACAUCACCCAAAAGGUUGACGUUAGCCCAGUGAAGAUAAAUCAGAUCAGCCUGGAUGAAAGUGGAGAACAUAUGGGCAUAUGCUCGGAAGAUGGCAAGGUGCAGGUAUUUGGAUUGUAUUCAGGAGAAGAAUUUCAUGAAACAUUUGACUGUCCUAUUAAAAUUGUUGCUGUCCACCCUCAGUUUGUAAGAUCCCACAGCAAACAGUUUGUAACGGGAGGAAAAAAGUUGCUGUUAUAUGAGAAGACUUGGAUGAACAGAUGGAAGCCUUCUGUUUUACACGAAGGAGAAGGAAACAUAAGAAAUGUAAAAUGGAGAGGACACUUAAUUGCUUGGGCCAAUAAUAUGGGUGUGAAGAUACUUGACAUGAUCUCCAAGCAAAGAAUUACCAAUGUGCCUCGUGAUGAUAUAAGCCUUCGCCCAGAUAUGUAUCCCUGCAGCCUUUGCUGGAAAGAUAAUUUAACACUGAUUAUUGGUUGGGGAACUUCAGUAAAGAUAUGUUCGGUAAAGGAACGGCAUGCCAGUGAAAUGCGAGACCUGCCCAGCCGCUAUGUAGAAAUAAUUUUCCAGUUCGAUACUGAAUUCUACAUCAGUGGACUUGCACCUCUCUGCGACCAGCUUGUUGUACUUUCAUACGUAAAGGAGGUUUCUGAGAAAACGGAAAUGGAAUGUUGUGCAAGACCUAGACUGGAUAUUAUUCAACCCCUACCUGAGUCUUGCGAGGAGAUCUCCUCUGAUGCUCUGACUGUUAGAGGAUUCCAAGAAAACGAAUGUAGAGAUUAUCAUUUAGAGCAUUCUGAGGGUGAAUCGCUGUUUUACAUUAUUAGUCCAAGAGAUAUUGUUGUGGCUAAAGAGCGGGACCAAGAUGACCACAUUGACUGGCUUCUUGAAAAGAAGAAAUAUGAAGAGGCUUUGAUGGCAGCUGAGAUCAGUCAGAAGACCAUAAAAAAACACAGGAUUUUGGACAUAGGCUUAGCCUAUAUAAAUCAUCUAGUGGAGAAAGGAGAGUAUGACUUGGCUGCCAGAAAAUGUCAGAAAAUACUUGGAAAAAACACAGAACUCUGGGAAUUUGAAGUUUAUAAGUUUAAAGAAAUAGGACAACUUAAGGCAAUUAGCCGUUAUUUGCCAAGACGGGAUCCAAUUCUGAAGCCUCUCAUCUAUGAAAUGGUCCUGCAUGAGUUUUUGGAGAGUGACUAUGAGGGUUUCGCAAUGCUGAUAAAAGAGUGGCCCGGAGAUCUCUAUAACAAUGCGAUCAUAGUUCAAGUAGUAGUGGAUCACCUGAAGAAAGACCCACAGAAUAGGACCUUGCUCAGAACUCUUGCGGAAUUAUACACCUAUGACCAACGCUAUGGCAAAGCCCUUGAAAUUUACCUAACACUGAGACACAAAGAUGUUUUCCAGUUGAUCCAUAAACAUAAUCUUUUCAGUUCUAUCAGAGACAAAAUUGUUCUACUCAUGGAUUUUGAUUCAGAGAAAGCAGUGGACAUGCUAUUGGAUAAUGAAGAUAAAAUUUCAUAUUUGCAUAAGCUUUUCAAAAGAGACCAUCAUAAAGGACAGAAGUACCAUGAGAAACAGAUCAGUCUCUACGCUGAAUACGAUCGUCCAAACCUGCUGCCGUUUCUCAGAGACAGCACACAUUGUCCGCUAGAGAAGGCUCUUGAGAUCUGCCAACAGAGGAACUUUGUAGAAGAGACCGUCUAUCUUCUGAGCAGAAUGGGGAAUAGCCGUAGUGCACUGAAGAUGAUAAUGGAAGAAUUGUAUGACGUAGAUAAGGCUAUUGAAUUUGCCAAGGAACAAGAUGAUGGAGAACUAUGGGAAGACCUCAUUUUAUAUUCUAUCGACAAACCACCUUUUAUUACUGGCUUGUUAAACAACAUUGGUACCCACGUUGACCCUAUUCUUCUGAUUCACCGCAUUAAGGAAGGCAUGGAGAUUCCUAAUCUGAGAGAUUCACUGGUGAAAAUUCUCCAGGAUUACAAUUUGCAGAUUUUGCUACGUGAGGGAUGCAAGAAGAUACUUGUUGCAGACUCACUGUCACUAUUGGAGAAAAUGCACCGAACUCAAAUGAAAGGCGUCCGCGUGGAUGAAGAGAAUAUCUGUGAAUCGUGUCUUUCCCCUAUACUUCCUUCAGAUGCAUCCAAAUCCUUCAGUGUGACAGUGUUCCAUUGCAGGCAUAUGUUUCACAAAGAGUGCCUCCCUGUACCUAGCACAAUGUCCCCAUUGCAGUUCUGCAACAUCUGCAGUGCUAAGCACAGAGGACCAGGCAGUGCGAUCUUGGAGAUGAAAAAAUAGCAUUCUCCAUAUACUCUCACACAUGUCUGAGAACCAUUUUGUGGCACUAAGCAGUGCCAUUGAUGAUGAUGCUGUUAAGAGAUUGUAUAUAAUUCUGAAAAUUUCUAAAAAGUAUCAGUUUACUGAAAUUUCCUUCUAUAUCUCCAGAAAGAAAAGUGGCAAAACAAUAUAUAUUCACCUGCUAUAUCUUUGUUACACAAUGCAGAUUUCACCAGUCAUAUCCUUAUUCUUCACUAAGUAAUGAAAAUGUAAACCUAAAUGGAAACAAUUGGAGAUUAUCCUUGGCACAUUGUAUUACAGAAUACAUGUACCACAGUUUGAAACCAAAUCCGAAACCACAGUUAGAUAUUUGUAUGUAAGGUCAGUAUGUGUAGUUCUUAUUGAUUUCAGUGGGACUGCUCAAAUACUUAAAGUUAGGAAGUUAGUACCUUCCUGAAUUGAUACCUAAAUAAAUAAGUUAUUAAUAAGUUCCAGUGACUGUACAUUUUCACCCAUCUUGUUAGAAACUGGUUAUUUUAUGUCAUUUGCAGACAUAACCUCCAUGGUGCUUUCAUUUGUAUAGAUAUUUACUAUGUUAAGCAAAUCCUUCCUUCCUUCCUUUUUUUUUUUUUUUAAACUGGCAAGUUUUUAAAUGUUACCAGUGAGUGUCUUUAGUCUGUUGCUUAAUAACUAUAACUAUAGUAUCUCUCUUGAGUUGCUCAAAUAUAGAAAAACAUCUGGGCUUUACAAGAAAAUAUCUCCAAGAGCUUCAUAAACCAAGAGAGAAGGUCAAAAUAACUAUAGUUUAUGAUGCCAACAAAAAUGCAGUGGUUUUUUUCUUGUUUUCCUGGUGCUCUGUUUUUAUUAUUGACAUACAGCAUAUAGAUACAAGGGGGAAUCAAUCUUCAAAAGAUGAAAAAAUUAUACAGACACCACCUCUUCAGAGUUAUUGCCACUUUUCUAGUAUACUUAAAAUGUAAAAUAUGUGUGCAGUAUAUAUGAGCUCUUCAGCUGAUCACUCUUGUCUAUACUCUUUCACCUUCAUACGUGACAGUCAGCUCCUCAGCUGAUGUAAAUUGGCAUCACUCCACUGAGAUCAAUGGAGCAAUGCUAAUUUACAUCAUCUGAGGAUGUGGCCCAGAGUAUUUAACAAAUCAAUGCUUCAUUCUUUGUUGUCCCAUUUAUGCUUUACAAGUACAUUAUAAAUGGGCUUUGUUACCUCUGGUGAUAGUAAUGCUGUAUAUCACUUAAUAUUGGAAAUAAAAUUGUAAGUGUUGCAUUAAAACUAGUAUAUCUUCAAAGAA